ACAUAUCCUCAGACUUUUAGUCAUGUCCGUAACGCAGGCCAAGUUUCUUCCAUCAAAGAAUAAACACUGUCAGAGACACAAAUCCACCUCAGACCCUUUCUCUAAUCCAAUACAUUCAUCGAAACCAGCACCUCGCCUUCCACCCAUCUCUCCCUCAAAAUUGUCUUCGCGAAACAUGUUUACUCCGAUAAAACCUCAUCGCGAUAAAAUGAUCGAAGCUGUUAGAGACACUGUACAAGUCCGCAAUCCCGACCAUUCUCCUCGCACGAGACUAGGCAGGAGUCAAUCUACUGUCCCUCCAGCAUCCGGAGCACAUAAUCGCUCUCCCCCAGCAGGGCGUCGGUCGCAGUCCCAAGACUCUGUUCUCCAAGCUGCUAAUGCAUUGGAGAAGGCCAAAACUGUGAAGACACGCACAAAAAAGGGUUCUAUGCAUGCAGAUGUUAUAGACAGGCUCGAUUUUACAAGCGUUGGUCCCAUGUUUCAUCACGAUGGUCCUUUUGAUGCUUGUGCUCCAUCUCGAAAUCGGCAUAGAACCAAAGCACCAAUGCUUGCUUGGAGUUCAACUCCAACAGAAGAGCCCACUGAGCCCAACAGGUCUUUGCACCUAUCUCCUGAUAUAUAUAAAGCUACCAUCUCUUCUUCUUAUGAUUCUUCUAAGAGAAGGGUGGAUGCAAUUGCCGAGGCCUGGGGUACCCAUGAGCCAGAACCUUAUCAGGAGUUUUUUGCUGGUGGUGGUUCUGUUAGGUACGAUGGCGAUAACCCCUCAAACUCGAAUGUCCUUGGAUAUGAAGGGCAUGGUUCUCGGAGUCAUACUACCAGCAAACGUCAGAUGGAAAAUCGAGAUAUUCAUGAGGUUUAUAGGGAGUACCUUGAUGAUGAUGUGAAGGCUAAGACCCGCGACCCUACCGACCGUGAGCCUCAUUACCCUUCCAGGCGAUCUCCCCUUCCACCCCCCCAACCCAUUAUCGUUCCGGAAAGUGGCCAUGCAGAUAAAGACGGCAUUUCUUAUUCCCCAGUCGUAGCCCACACUUCCGGCGCACCAAAGCGCAAUACGUCGCUUAUGCAUCGUAUACGUAAGAUGCGCGAUGCUCCAAAUGUCCCAAUUGGGUAUGAAGAGGCAACUGGACCAUUAUCUGUUGAGAACUCGUCAACUGUACUUCACGGUCGUCCAACCCAUCGAACGCAUAACUCUUUUCUUGGACGAUUCACCGGUGUAGGUGUGACUGGAAGCCGUACACAUCCUCAGGACAACUCUUCGCCAACGUCCGACAGUUCAGAUGUGUAUGUUUACAUUGAUGGACCCCGUAAAGAGAAGCAACUUCCUGAAACACCGCACAUUGACGCUGACUCUUGCGUACGAUCAAGCGAGAACGAGAUAGACGGAUUUUUCGACGGCGUUUCGAGCUCACCUGGGUCUCCCACUGGCCUAGGAAGAAAGACCAGUCUCCUCAAGAAGGUAAAGGAUGCGGUAAGAGGCAACAAGUGAAUUUCACCCUCUCCUCUCCCAUCUGUUCCACCGUUCCUUGUGUUUAUUAUCCAUGUACUACAUGUGUUGUCUUCCAAGUUCUGAUCGAAACUCCAUGCUUUGUACUUAUAGUAUACAAAUGUGCUCUCUUUAUGUUACAUAUGUGCUACACAAUAUGUAAAGACUUGAUACUUAUAGCCCAUGUGGUGUAAGGGAUAAAUUGUGUGAGUAGAAAGAACAGCUACUUUAGAAUAUGACUUCGCUCAGCAA